AUGGCAGACAGAAAACAGAAAGAUCGACAGAAACCACGGGCUGGUAAAACCGGGGGAACGAACCUCACCAAAGCGCUUAGAAGGAGUAUCAUGACAUCUUUCAAUACGUCCACUGGCAGUAACAGUGAACCUACCAACGGCGGCGUAAGACCUAGUAGAGCCGCUACCUCAGGACUCACUACCGACAGUCGUAUCUCCCUCGUCUCGAAGCAUCGAUACCAACUGCGCGAUGACCUCCCCCGAUGCGGCAAUUGUUUAUCCACCACCCAUUCCCUAGACCAAUGUCUCAAGGCCACCCGUGGUACUAUCUCAGGAUGCCCGCUGUGCAAGGUACCUGGGCAUCUCUUGGAAGAUUGUGAGAAGUUUCCGUUGGCCAACGCUGAUCCCUCCACAAUCGUGCGCCUCUUGGUUUGGGACCGCGGCAACAUGCCUGCCUGGGAAACCAAGGUCCCUUGGUUCAAGUACUUGUACUUCUACAUGGGGACGUUUGAAUUCUUUGUCCAAGAUCGCGAGUUCGUCCAGUCAGCGCCUCUUCCCUGGACAGAGACGUACGCCCGUGCAGUCGCGGCCUCGGCCAGCACGCAACAGAACAACGACGGUAUUGGUUCUAACCUUUCCGACCCUCAGACGGCCAACUUGGCAGCAGCCUGGAUGACGUUCGCCAAUCCAACUGAGUACGUGUGGCCUUUCGGAGCAUCCACCAAUCCUUUCCGACAGGCAGAGGCUUAG